CUCCCACUCUACUGCGGACCCGGGAACACACACUUUAAGGAAUAACCAUUUGCAGCUGAACGUCUGGAGCCCUUGGGAGACUCAUGGACAGUUCCUCCAGGAGCCUGCAAUGAUGGAGAGCCUACGGAGACACAGGAAUCCCCCACAAUUUCUGAGAAGUCCUGGCAUUCAGGAAGUGCGUGCUCCACUUAGGAAGAGACCUGAAGAGGAGUUGCAGUGCCUGGAGAUGACAACCAAACGGAAGAUCAUCGGCCGCCUGGUGCCAUGCCGAUGUUUCCGAGGAGAAGAAGAAAUCGUCACAGUGUUGGAUUACUCCCACUGCGGCCUUCAGCAGGUGCCAAAGGAGGUUUUUAACUUUGAACGGACCCUAGAGGAACUUUACCUAGAUGCCAAUCAAAUUGAAGAGCUGCCUAAGCAAUUGUUCAACUGUCAAGCUCUCCGCAAACUGAGUAUCCCAGAUAAUGACCUUUCGAAUCUACCAACCACCAUUGCUAGCUUAGUUAAUCUCAAAGAACUUGACAUCAGUAAAAAUGGUGUACAAGAAUUUCCAGAAAAUAUUAAGUGCUGUAAGUGUUUAACAAUUAUUGAGGCCAGUGUCAAUCCCAUUUCUAAGCUCCCCGAUGGCUUCACGCAGCUCAUCAACCUGACCCAGCUGUACCUGAAUGAUGCCUUUCUGGAGUUCCUUCCAGCCAACUUUGGAAGACUUGUCAAAUUGCGGAUCUUGGAAUUAAGAGAAAAUCACUUGAAAACUCUACCAAAGUCAAUGCACAAGCUGGCACAGCUGGAGAGACUUGACCUAGGCAACAAUGAGUUCAGCGAGCUGCCUGAGGUUCUGGAACAAAUACAAAACCUAAGGGAAUUGUGGAUGGACAAUAAUGCACUUCAAACACUUCCUGGGUCUAUAGGGAAAUUAAAGAUGUUGGUGUACCUGGAUAUGUCAAAAAACAGAAUAGAAAAUGUUGACUUGGAGAUUUCUGGAUGUGAAGCACUUGAAGACCUCUUAUUGUCAUCCAAUAUGUUGCAACAAUUGCCUGACUCCAUAGGACUGUUGAAAAAACUAACUACUCUAAAAGUAGAUGACAAUCAACUUACCGUGUUACCCAAUGCAAUUGGAAAUUUAUCUUUAUUAGAAGAAUUUGACUGCAGCUGUAAUGAAUUGGAGAGCUUACCUUCCACUAUUGGCUACCUGCAUAGUCUUCGAACAUUAGCUGUUGAUGAGAAUUUUCUCCCAGAACUACCUAGAGAAAUUGGGAGCUGUAAAAAUGUCACAGUCAUGUCACUGCGUUCCAAUAAACUGGAAUUUCUUCCUGAAGAGAUUGGACAGAUGCAGAAAUUAAGGGUCUUAAAUCUGAGUGACAACAGGCUGAAGAAUUUGCCAUUCUCAUUUACCAAACUGAAAGAGCUUGCUGCUUUGUGGCUUUCCGACAAUCAAUCAAAGGCCCUUAUCCCUUUACAAACUGAAGCUCACCCAGAAACAAAACAAAGAGUAUUGACUAACUACAUGUUUCCUCAGCAACCUCGAGGUGACGAAGAUUUCCAGUCAGACAGCGACAGUUUUAACCCUACUCUGUGGGAGGAACAGCGCCAACAACGAAUGACUGUCGCCUUCGAAUUUGAAGACAAAAAGGAAGAGGACGACGGUGCUGGAAAAGUGAAGGAUCACCCUUGUCAUGCCCCCUGGGAAAGGGGCCAGCGUGGGAUUACCCUUCAGCCUGCCAGACUGUCUGGCGAUUGCUGCACACCAUGGGCCAGGUGUGAUCAGCAGAUCCAAGACAUGCCAGUGCCCCAGAUUGACCCACAGCUGGCAUGGGGGUGCAUAAGUGGCCUCCAGCAGGACAGGAGCAUGUGCACUCCAUUGCCAGUUGCAGCAAAUUCCACCACUCUUCCCUCUCUAAGUGGCAGACAGGUUGAGAUAAACCUAAAACGCUAUCCUACCCCUUACCCAGAAGAUUUGAAAAAUAUGGUAAAAUCCGUUCAAAAUCUGGUGGGAAAGACAAGCCACGGAGUGCGUGUCGAGAAUUCAACUCCAACAGCCAACACAGACCAACCUGUGAAAGAGAAGUAUGAACACAAGUGGCCAGUUGCCCCAAAGGAAAUUACAGUUGAGGAUUCCUUUGUUCAUCCAGCCAGUGAAAUGAGGAUUGGGGAACUUCACCCUUCACUGGCCGAGGCUCCGCUAUACCCUCCCAAACUUGUUCUUCUAGCAAAAGACAAAAAGGAAUCAACAGAUGAGUCUGAAGUCGAUAAAACUCAGUGUCUGAAUAAUAGUGUUUCCUCGGGUACUUACUCAGACUACUCACCUUCUCAGGCUUCUUCAGGAUCAUCGAAUGCCCGGGGUAAAGCAGCGUCUUUGCAAACAACAGCUAAAGAUGCAGGAAAUCAUUCUCUAUGGGGCAACAGGAUUACCCAGUCUUUUCCACAGCCUAUUGACUCAAAGCCAUUACUCAGCCAGCGUGAGCCUGUGCCACCAGGGAACUUACCCCCACGUCCUGAAAGGCGUCCGAUGAGUGAAACGUUUGCCGAUCACUGGAACGAUGGCUCCCAUUAUGAUAACACAGGGUUCGUUGCAGAGGAGAACACAGCAGAGAAUGCCAACAAUAAUCCUCUGUUAAGUUCUAAAUCUAGAAGUACAUCUGCUCAUGGGCGUCGGCCUUUGAUUAGACAAGACAGGAUAGUUGGCAUUCCCCUGGAACUUGAACAGUCUACACAUAGACACACACCUGAAUCAGAAGUGCCUCCUUCCAAUCCUUGGCAGAAUUGGACCCGAACCCCUAGCCCUUUUGAAGACAGGACAGCUUUUCCUUCUAAAUUGGAGACCACCCCCACCACCAGCCCUUUGCCAGAAAGGAAAGACCAUAUAAAAGAACCAGCAGAAAUAGCUAGUCCUUUCUCUUCAGGAGUACCUUGGGAGUAUCACGAUUCCAACGCGAACAGGAAUCUCAGUAAUGUCUUUUCUCAUAUUCACUGCCGCCCAGAGUCUUCCAAAGGUGUGAUUCCAAUUAGCAAAAGCACAGAGAGGCUUUCACCAUUGAUGAAAGAUAUAAAGUCCAAUAAAUUUAAAAAGUCACAAAGUAUUGAUGAGAUAGACAUUGGUACAUAUAAGGUUUAUAACAUACCAUUAGAAAACUAUGCAGCUGGUAAUGAUCACUUAGGGAGCCAUGAAAGGCCAGAUAAAAUAAUGGUGCCAGAGCAUGGCAUGUCCAGUAUGUCUCGUAGUCAGUCUGUACCAAUGCUAGAUGAUGAGAUGUUGACUUACGGCAGUAGUAAGGGGCAGCCGCCACAGAAGCCCUCUAUGACAAAGAAAGUCUAUCAGUUUGACCAAAGCUUCAAUCCGCAAGGAGCAGUAGAGGUGAAAGCAGAAAAGAGGAUGCCACCCCCUUUCCAACAGAACCCUGAGUAUAUUUCACAACCUGGUAAAACUAUUGCGAAGGAUCUGGUCAGUCCUAGAGCUUACAGAGGCUAUCCCCCCGUAGAGCACAUGUUCUCAUUCUCUCAGCCUUCUGUUAAUGAGGAGGCGAUCGUCAAUGCCCAGUUCACAAGCCAGGGUUCCAGGGCAGGAUUCCUAAGAAGAGCCGAUUCUCUGGCAAGCUCCGCGGAAAUGGCCAUGUUUAGAAGGGUCAGUGAGCCUCAUGAAGUGCCCCCGAGUGAUAGGUAUGGCAGGCCUCCAUAUAGAGGAGCUCUGGAUCGCCAAAGCAGCGCCUCAGUGUCUGAAUCCCAGUUCCUCAAAAGGAAUGGCAGGUAUGAAGAUGAACAUCCUUCAUAUCAAGAAGUGAAAGCCCAGGCGGGAAGUUUUCCAGUUAAAAACCUUACCCAAAGGCGGCCAUUGUCUGCAAGAAGCUACAGUACAGAGAGUUAUGGUGCCUCCCAAACCAGACCAGUUUCAGCUAGGCCUACUAUGGCAGCUCUUUUGGAAAAGAUACCAUCUGACUAUAACUUGGGUAACUAUGGUGACAAGCCGUCAGAUAACAGUGAUUUAAAGCCAAGGCCCACUCCUGGGAAGGGAGAGGAGAGCUGUGGGAAAAUGCCUGCAGACUGGAGACAACAGCUGCUUAGACAUAUAGAAGCUAGAAGGUUAGACAGGAAUGCUGCUUACAAACACGCCACAGUUAACCUUGGCAUGCUGCACUCUGGAGGGUUUUCGGCCGUGCAUGCAGGGAGAAGCAUGACUUUAAACUUGCAGACUAAGUCUCAGUUUGAGAACCAAACACACCAACAGCUACCUCUCCAGCAUACCCCGUCCCAGCAAAGCAACAUUCUAGACAAUGGACAAGAAGAUGUAUCUCCCAGUGGCCAGUGGAACCCCUAUCCACUUGGGAGGCGGGAUGUACCUCCGGACACGAUUACUAAAAAGGCAGGCAGCCACAUCCAGACAUUGAUGGGCUCACAGAGCCUCCAGCAUCGGAGUCGGGAGCAGCAGCCGUAUGAGGGCAAUGUCAACAAGGUGACCAUCCAGCAGUUUCAAUCACCUUUGCCCAUUCAGAUCCCCUCCUCCCAAGCUUCGCGGGGGCCUCAGCCUGGACGGUGCUUAAUUCAAACUAAAGGGCAGAGGAGUAUGGACGGAUACCCAGAGCAGUUUUGUGUGAGAAUAGAAAAGAAUCCUGGCCUUGGAUUUAGUAUCAGUGGUGGAAUUAGUGGACAAGGAAAUCCAUUCAAACCUUCUGACAAGGGUAUCUUUGUUACUAGGGUUCAGCCUGAUGGGCCAGCAUCCAGCCUGCUGCAGCCUGGUGAUAAGAUCCUUCAGGCAAAUGGACACAGCUUCGUGCAUAUGGAACAUGAGAAAGCGGUCUUACUCCUGAAGAGUUUCCAGAACACAGUAGACCUAGUUAUUCAGCGUGAGCUUACUGUCUAAAUAUUUUUUUAUAAAUAGUGAAGAUUCGUCUAAUCAGACCUAAUGUUCAAAGAUAAAUUUAUACAUAGGAAAACAUUUUUGCCAAUUGCUGGACCAAUGGCAAACAUUAGCGCCAAAUGUAUACUACUGUAUGUCAGUACUGAUCCUCCUUAAAAAUGGUCACUCUAUAAAUAUGACGUUCAUGUGGUGAUGUUUUAGUUCUCAUUGUCAGCCUCUGGCUGGGCAUUGGUGCGCGGGUUUGGGUUUCAUUUCAUUUUGGGUUUUUUUUUUAUCAAAUUAAUUUCUUCUCAAAGUGGAUUUCCUAUGAUUUCAGAGCACGGAAGCACACACAAGCUCUUUAAGAAUUCCGCUCUCCAUCAGAAACACUGCCUCAAAAUUGUAUAUGCCUUUCUAUAGAAAAUACAGAUAUUAAGAAUUGUAAUUCCCAUAAAA